AUGAGUGCUUUCUUCUCGACGUCGUUCAAGCCGCAGCCGCAUAUUAGGCAGGAAGGAUUUCAUCUGGAUAACGAAGGGAGUAGUGGAGGACUUACGGCGACCGGGGAACAUCAUGAAGGAAACGCGGGAACUCCUCCUCCGUUCGAUUUUGGAAGAGGAAAUGUGAUGGAUUUUACGGACGAGUUGGCGAGUCUUAUGGGUGCUGCUAGUCCACAUCCUGGACAUCAAUCUCAUCAUGGACACGAAGGUAUCUCACAAAGCCACCAUGAAGGUCAUAUACACGGACAUUCUGGAAGUCACCACGAAAGUCAUUUGCACGGGCUUCAUCAUGACCAUCACGGGCAUCAUCAACACAACCAAUCUCACGAACGAUCGACUCAUUCUCCUUCAGAUGACGUAUCGGGGUCGUAUCGAACGACUCAUAACAUCUUCGAUAUGGGUGUAGCUGGCCCAGUCGGGGUCUCACCAUCGACUACUGCACCUAGUCACUUCAACUCUACGGUCCCCCCUUUGAAUUCGUCGAUGAGAUUUGAACAACCUUCUCAUUCCCAGCAUGACUAUCAUCAUCCAACUCAUACGCCCAGUCCACCGUUGGGUGGGAAGGAACAGUCGAGAUCACGAUCUAGACCGCCCACUGGCGGUGCUACUACAGGCGGAGUUGGACCUCAGAGAACCACCCGAAGUCGGAGGAACAACAGUAUUUCGAGUACUAGUCCUCCGCCACACAUCAGACCGGCAGCGCAAGCGAUUGUUAUACCUGGCGUGAGGCAUACCAAUGGCAGCCUUGCUUCACCGCUUUCCUCAUCUGCGACCUCUGUCACCAAUCCAUGGGGUUUCACACCUUCAUCACCCACCGGCACAUCUACCAGCGAAUUCACCCUUCCCACACCCGACUCUCUGCAUCACCAUCACCACCCAAACUCCUUGUCACAUUCCAUGCAUACUACCCCUCACUUAUCUACUUCAGUCGGCUUUGGAGGAUAUUUCGGCUCUGAAUUUGGUAGUUACGGAGGACAUGGCGGCCAGCAUAACGGUGGACAUACACCGAGUACUUCGCUGCCCGUGAGUGGAACGGGCGGUAUCCAUUCUCAUCUGGGUGCUGGCGGUGGAGGAGCGGGAGGUGGACAUCAGAGAACCAAUUCCGCUGCUGCGUCUACCACUGCGGGCAGUUCAGCAGGUGGAUCUGCAGCGGCAAAUUCGUCUUUGACGGCGCAGGAGAAACAAGCGAUGGUAGCUAGUGAGAAGAGGAGAAGGAGGAGGGAGAGUCAUAAUGCUGUCGAAAGGAGGAGAAGGGAUAACAUUAAUGAGAAGAUUAGUGAGCUUGCGACGUUGAUACCUGAGAGUCUGCUUGAAGGAGGGACUUUACCUUCCACCGGUACUCCUGGCUCUCAAAAUAUUCUUCCUGCUCCUUCAGGUUCCGGUAAUGGAGGCGACUCUCCCUCUGGUAGCACGGAUUUGAUGUCGCCUACCUCCCCAACUGCGGAUUCCGGUGAUCUCUGGUCUGCCCCAUUACUCACUAUGAAGAAGGAGGACGGGAUGGACAAUAAUCUGGGUGGGAUCGAGAGUCCUAUUCUACCUAGUGGUGGCAUUGGGGGUGUCAACACCACUCCGCCCAAUGGCAGCGCUACCAAUGCAAACGGUAACGCCAAUGGAGGCGCUGCGGGUGGUGUGGUGAAAGCGAACAAGGGAAUGAUUCUGAGGAAGAGUGUCGAGUACAUUAGAUACUUGCAACAAAUUGUUCAAGAGCAAGACAAUAGGAAUCGUCAGCUCGAGAUGGAGCUCAGAGGCUAUCGAGAACGCAACGGCGAAACUCUUUCUCCUAUCAUACCCUCUCCUGCGUUCGAUUUCCAGACGAAUGGUGUCCUGGGUUCAGGUACGAAUGGAGGCAGUGGUGCUUAUCACGGGGCAGGUUAUGGGGGAUCGUUCCGAAUGCUAGACAGCAUGCCUGAAGACGAGGCGGAACCUAACACGUCUGGACAUAAAUCCACUACCGCGAACAGAUCGAGGGAGAGCACGCCGUUGACCGAUGACGAACAAGUGGAAGAUGACGAUCCUAACGAUCCCGAUGUUCAGCCCCCUGCUAGCUUGAAGAAGGGUAGUAUUGCAGGGACAAAGAGGACGACUCGACGGAGGAAGGCGGCGUCAACUGCGACGGGUGCUGGUGCUGGAGGGGCCAAGAUGAGGACAAGAACAAGGAAGGGGAAUGGGGAAGACGUUGAUAUGGCCGGAAGUGAUGACGAGCGAGUGGCGAUGGAUGUGUAA